GCAGGAGGAGGAGGAGGAGGAGGAGGAGAGCUCCGGCUGAGGGCGGAGAGUUACCUCAGGUUACCGUUUAACAGGCCGCCGCCGCCUUGGCCGCCGCUCCUGUUGCUACUGGGCUUGGGCGGCGAAGCGACCUCGGGAGGCCGCGAGGAGGCGGAGAAGCAUCUUCAAGGAGCAACACUUCAGUUCCCUUUCCCUGAAAUGUACUAUGGAACAUGCUGUAGAGGAUGAAACUUGCCAUGUGUUGGACCAGAGAUACUGUGUGGAAAGGCGCGUAUAUAACGAAGGGACCCUACAAAAGCAACUGCACAAGAAGGAGAAGACCUCUCUGCCUCUUGCUCAGAAGAUAGCACGUUCUUGUCGUUGCUCUUCCAAGAAAGCCAGAUCUGUUCUGUGUAGUUUUUUACCUAUUUUUACAUGGCUCCCCCGCUAUCCAGUGAAGGAGUAUUUGCUGGGAGACAUUAUCUCAGGAAUAAGCACUGGGGUCAUGCAGCUUCCUCAAGGAUUAGCUUAUGCAUUACUGGCAGCAGUACCCCCAGUAUUUGGCCUAUAUUCUUCAUUUUAUCCGGUCUUUCUGUACACUUUUUUUGGAACUUCCAGACACAUAUCAAUAGGAACCUUUGCUGUAAUUAGCCUGAUGAUUGGCGGAGUUGCUGUCAGAGAAGCCCCUGAUGAAAUGUUUGCCAAUACGUACACCAACUCUACUAAUAACACAGAUCUUGAAAACAGUGCCAGAGAUGACAUGAGGGUGAAAGUAGCUGUUGCAGUUACCUUGCUCUCAGGGAUCAUACAGUUGUGUUUAGGACUCCUUCGAUUUGGAUUUGUAGCUAUUUAUCUUACGGAGCCCCUGGUCCGGGGAUUCACCACUGCUGCAGCUGUGCACGUCUUUACAUCCCAAUUAAAGUAUCUGCUUGGAAUUAAGACUAAAAGGUUCAGUGGACCCCUCUCCUUUCUUUAUAGUUUAAUUGCUGUGUUUGAAAACAUCACAAAAACCAACAUAGCAGCUUUGGUUGUUGGACUAAUUUGCAUGGUUUUGUUGCUGAGUGGUAAAGAAAUCAACGACCGCUUAAAGAAGAAACUUCCAGUUCCUAUCCCUAUGGAGAUCAUUGUAGUGGUAAUUGGUACUGGAGCUUCAGCUGGGAUGAAUCUGUCAAAGACUUAUGGAGUGGAUGUUGUUGGCCAUAUUCCCAAAGGAUUACGUCCUCCACAGGUACCAGAUAUCAGCCUCAUCCCAGCGGUAUUUGUGGAUGCAAUAGCCAUAGCACUUGUUGGAUUUUCCAUGACAAUCUCCAUGGCCAAAAUCUUUGCUCUCAAGCAUGGCUAUAAAGUUGAUGGAAAUCAGGAACUCAUUGCUUUAGGCAUAUGCAAUUCUGCAGGAUCGUUUUUCCAGACCUUUGCUAUAACUUGCUCAAUGUCCCGGAGUCUUGUCCAGGAGGGCACUGGGGGAAAGACUCAGGUUGCUGGUACUCUGUCCUCAAUUAUGGUUUUCCUGGUCAUUGUUGCCAUUGGUUAUCUGUUUGAACCACUGCCACAGGCUGUGCUUGCAGCAAUUGUAAUGGUCAAUCUUAAAGGCAUGUUCAAACAGUUUCAAGAUAUCACUCGCUUCUGGAGGACCAGCAAGAUUGAACUGGCUAUCUGGAUUGUAGCAUUUCUGUCCUCGGUUUUUCUGGGGCUCGACUACGGUUUGCUCACUUCUAUAACUUUUGCAAUGAUUACCAUCGUGUACAGAACACAAAGUCCACAAUACAGAAUCCUCGGCCAGAUUUCCGGUACAGACAUUUACUGUGAUAUAGAAGAGUAUGAAGAGGUGAAAGAAUGCCCUGGAAUCAAAAUAUUCCAGGCAAAUGCAUCGCUCUAUUUUGCUAAUAGUGAUUUAUAUAUCAAUGCACUGAAGAAAAAGACUGGUGUUGAUCCCUGUGCAGUCUUGGCAGCAAGGAAGAAAGCCCAGAAAAGGCACAGAAAGGAACUGAAGAACCUUCAUGAACAAAAGAAAACAGCAGUCCUGAAAGUGACAAACUACACAGAGAACAGUGUGAAACAUGAAGUAAUGAAUGACGAACUGCCGCUCAACGGAAAGUUCUCUGCAGCUACGCAGGACUCCUCUCCCGAUGAGCUCGAGCGCUUUAUGGAGCCAGUGACCAACAUUCACACAAUCAUUUUGGAUUGUUCACCUGUGAACUUCGUGGAUUCAGUUGGAGUCAAAGCCCUAAAUUCAAUCAUAAGAGAGUAUGAAGAAAUAGGAGUUUCAGUGUAUAUCAGCGGCUGCAAUGGAUCGGUUGUGGAGAACCUUGCUAGACUACAUUUCUUUGACAAAGCUGCUUGCAGAGACUUGCUGUUUCCCAGUACCCAUGAUGCUGUCCUCUUCAGCCAACUGAAAGGCCUCUCAGCCUCGCAGACUCCUGUAGAUGUGGUGUGAACACCUGCAUCAUAAAUUGUAUGGUGGUGCAUUGAUUAAAUUCCAAGGGCUUCUCUUUAAUACUUAAUUUGCACAGAUUAUACAGCGCCUAAGAUUAGCCAGUCUUACGGGUAUGUGACACAGUAGUAGGGCCGCCUUGUUUUCUGCCAGAAUGCUCUCUGAAGAAUUUGAAGCCUUAAUACUUUCAAAAAUUGAAGUCAGGUAUAGCCUGAACUGGUUUGUAUAAAAAAGAAGACUCGUGUAUUUUCCUGAAAGCAUCCUAAAAUAUUUGGGAGUUUCUUUUUUGUUGUUGUUCAGAAAUGUGCCAGCAGAUGAGAUAUUGCACUACAUGGAUAUUUUUAGCACUGUGGAUUACCGAAAAGAGUACAGAUGAUGCAGCAAGCCUGGGAGACAUGGACUGCUUGCUACUUUCCUUUGACGCUUUAUUGUGGAGGCAUUGUUGUAAAAUGUAUUCUUGUACCAUCUACUGAAGAAUUGCACUGUACAAUAUCUUUCAAGUGUUCAGCACUGGCUUUCAAAACUACAUUUUAUGUAGUCAAUUUUAAAAAUCCCAUAAAAGCCAUUUUUUGCA